UCAAUGAGAAGAUGAAAACCUACAAAGGGAUGAUCAGUCCAGAUGUAAUGUUGAGGUUGAAUAGGACACCAUUCUGGGAGAUCAUAUUUGUCUUCUAUCACGGACUUUUAAAAGACAAUGAAUGCAGAAAAGUAGAUGAGGACAUUCAUAGAAUGGUCAAGACAUACGACGUCAAUCAGAAAGGGUUUCUGCUUGGGGAAAGGAUACACAAAAUAACUCGUGAAGAUGUAGCUAUCUGCCUUGGAAUGCGAUUGGAAGGAGUCACAUUCGAGCUAAACAAGCACCACCAAAAGCCAACAAAGAAUCGGAUGAUCGACAAGUAUUUUGGAGGUGCAAAGAAAGUGACAAAAGCGAUGAUCGAUAGUGCACUUGCCGAAUCUUUGAAAGACCCAAAGAAUCAAGUCCCAAGUGAGGUGGCAUCGCUAAUCGUCAUGAAUCUGUUCGUAUCCUUCUUGUUCUGCACCUCAGGUUCUACAUUGUCAUGGAAGUUGGUAGAAAUUGGAACCGAAUGGAAUUCUUGGCGACGAUAUUCAUGGGCAACCUUGGUAUUAGACCAUCUGCACAAUGGUCUAAGUAAGAAGCAGGAAGACAAAGAUGUCAAUUUGUCAGGUUGUUUGCCGCUAAUCAUGUAUUGGUUAGCUGAGAAGACAAAGAUGGGAUGAGCAAUCAAGAGAAAUGAAUUAGGGUCGCCAAAUUUCAUAAGAUGGUCACUCAUUGAGCUGCACAAAGAAAUGGAGAAACUAACCAAUGAGCAGAUAGAGGAAAUGUUUGACCGAAAGCUGACAGAGGAAGACUUGGAAGUGGCAAUGCAUGACAUCAGAGGAAGAAACAGAGGAGUAGCAUCAGAAGAAUCAAACGAAGAGCUGAGGGAGGAAGACUUUGUAACUCCAACUUUUGGAGAGUGG